AUGGUGAAUCGAUCUGGAGCAAACGGAAGGGACAAUCAUGUUAACCAUGAAAAUGUUCCGCCCGACAUUUUGCAACAGAUCAUGGCGGAUCUAACUAAUCUUCGUCAACACAAUCAACAACUGCAAACUCAACUUGCUGAGAUCAAUCAGGAUCGGGGCUUGCAUGAGGGCGAUCGUAGAAUGGCAGAGAUGGUGGUAGAUUUUCAACCGUUCACAGAAGACAUUGCAAACACAACCGUUCCAGACAACUUGAAGACUUUGGUUCUUGAUUCUUAUUACGGAGAUUCUGACCCAAAGGAUCAUUUGAUCUAUUUCAACACCAAAAUGGUUAUUGUGGGCGCUUCAGACGCUCUGAAGUGUAAAAUGCUUCCUUCAACUCUCAAAAAGUCAGCAAUGACUUGGUUUACAACGCUCCCACCGCGUUCAAUUGCAGGGUUCAUGGAUUUAUUGGCGAAAUUUCUGUCCCAAUUCUCAACUAGUCGCGCCCAGAAAGUGACCCCAGCAGCUUUAUUUAAUUUGCAACAGAGGCAUAAUGAAAACCUGAAAUCCUUUAUGGGGCGUUUCAAUAAACUAUCAGUGCAUUUGGAGGAUAAAAUGACAGAAAUUUGUAUUGCUGCUUUUGAAUUGGGCCUUCAAUCAGGAAGUCUGAACAGUAGUUUGAGUCGUAAGCCCGUGGAGACAAUGGCGGAGUUGCGAAGCAGGGUACAAGGUUUCAUUCGGGAGGAGCAAAGUGAUCGCAUAAAGAGAAACCGCAAGAGUGCGGCGGUUACUGGCCAACAACAACAGUCAGAUUCGAAAAAGGCGGCGGUUAACGAUCAACGUUCGGGCGGAGCAGUUACAAAAGGAGAGAGAAGUUACAAUAAUUCAAGUCGUUUUGAUAACCGUUCUAAUUUUCGAAAUCGUGCUCAGCCUUAUGGAAAUCGUGGUUAUGGAAAGUCGAUGACGUGGGCCAGAAACCAACAAGACAGGUCGACCCCACUUGCGGUUAAUUUAACUGAAGCAUUGCACAUGUGUUUGGAGGCUAACACAAUUCGUUUUCCUAAACAACCAAAACGCCCACCAGGCAACGUGGACGGAAGUAAGUGGUGUGAGUAUCACUGA